UGGGUAAAAGGAACUGGGGAAAGACAAGAGGAAAUGCAUAGAAAGGCCAAAAAAGGUUUGGUUGUGGGGACCGCCAUAGCAAACAAAACAAUACUUGAGACAGAUCUUAUCACCCCCAUCACCAACACCACCAGCACCUUCAUCACCAACACCACCACCUUCAUUACCAACACCAGCACAAUGAACACGACCAUCAAUUAUGAUCAAACUACCAUCAAGACAAGCAACUCAAGUACUGAAAUGAACGUCAGCACUGAAUCUUCUGGAAACAGCGCAAUAAGUGUUGCUACUACAGGUAGAGCAAAGCCCAGCAGUCAGACUGUCCCUGAAACUAAAUGGACCACAAAACCUCAAACCACACCUGCACCGGGUGGUCCUGUGACAUCUCAAACCACAAAAGGCACAUUCCCGAAGAGUUCCACGUCCAGUCCAAAGACAGCUGGCUCUGACAAAACUGGUAUCAUCGUUCUAGUCAUUAUCAUCCUCGUGGUUGUGGCAUUUUUACUUGUCUGUUACGUGACAAAGAAAAGAAGAAGACGCUACUCAGUUGAUUUUUCCUCCAGACAAGAUGAAGUCAACAUCCCUCUCAGCACCGUGGAGCCUGUUGAUACCGCACCUCAAAAUGGUCUGAAAACCUUCGAAAGUACAGAAACUACUGCGAAAGAGCCAGAAGAACUGGAGGCAAAGCCAGGAGGCGCAGAUGAAGUUAAACCCGAAGCACAGGAGGAGCAGAAAGCUGAGACUGAUAAAUCUGUUGCUGAUCCCAGCACUGAGUCUGCAACUCCAGCUCCUGCUCCCGCUCCAGACAGCUCUGAGGACAAGCCCAAAGCGGAUGUAGCUGAGCCUCCUGCACCUGUGGAGUCCACUGUGGAAGUCAAAACUGAUGAUGAGGCCGCUGUCUCCAACAAGACUUCAGUGGAGUCCCUGAAGGAGACAAAUGAGAACAACAGCAACAACGCUGGCUUCAUUCAGACGAGAAAUUUGAUCUUCUGGGAAGUUCCUCUCGACUGUCCGGUGGGAGAUAUUGUGGCAGCCUGGUAACCGUGCCGUUCCUCAGAAACUUGACCAAAGGAAAAAAGAGGCCUUCGGGGAAAAGGAUAUUUCUAUUCAAAGUGUAUUCACUGAUAACUGUGAUACAAGCUUGUUGUUUUUUUUUGUUUUGUUUUUUGUAGCAUAUACAGUAA